AGUGGGCAGUGCAGUAGCAGCAGUGGUGGUAGCCGACCCCCCCUCCCACUGUCUCUGCAGAUAUUACUCGCAGCCUGUCUAUUCCAGGCAUGGAUGACGGUUGCACUCAGACAUGGCACUGCGACAUUACACUCUCGACUUCAACCUCUCUACGGCAGUUGACUCUGCUUCGACAGUUCCUGGACUACUGUCCAUAUUUCAUGAACAGGAAAUGACAGAGACUGUCCAUGACACAAAUGGACAUGGAUACCUUGCUACUCUUGUAGGCAAGCAUGGCCGGCUUGUUAUUCUGCGUGUGCACUCCCAUGGGUUGGUCACCAUUGAUCUGCAGUGUUAUGAAGAGGAUAACCUUGCACAACUAGACAAUCUUUUAAAUGCACUGGAAAAGAAGCUUAAGGUUCUCUUAAAUGGCAAUAUUACAAGGAUUAAAAGGCUACCAGCCCUCGUACGAGGAGCAGAAGUUGACCGAUACUGGCCCACAGCUGAUGGCAGACUGAUUGAGUAUGACAUUGACCGGGUGGUGUACGAAGAAGAUUCUGAAUACCAAAACAUAAAAAUAUUGCACUCCCAGCAGUAUGGAAAUAUCCUAGUUCUCAAUGGAGACGUUAACAUGGCAGAGAGUGAUUUGGCCUACACCCAAGCCAUCAUUGGUGAUGGAAAAGAGAAUUAUGACGGAAAAGAGGUACUGAUAUUAGGAGGAGGUGAUGGAGGCAUCCUGUCCGAGGUGGUCAAACUAAAGCCAAAGAUGAUCACCAUGUUGGAGAUAGACCAGAAGGUGAUAGAUGGUUGCAAAAUGCACAUGAGAGAAACUUGCGGCAAUAUUCUUGACAACCUGAAGGGAGACUGUUACCAAAUACUAGUUGAGGACUGCGUCCCUGUGCUGAAGAAGUAUGUCCAGGAAGGAAAGACGUUUGAUUACGUUAUUAAUGACCUCACUGCAAUCCCAAUAUCCACGGAGCCAGAAGAAGACUCUACAUGGGAGUUCCUGCGUCUCAUUUUGGAUCUGUCCAUAAAAGUCCUGCAUCCCUCUGGGAAAUAUCUCACACAGGGUAACAGCGUGAAUCUGACAGAGGCACUGAGUCAGUAUGAGGAACUGCUGGGAAAGCUCUCGUGUCCUGUGGAGUUCUCCAAAAAGGUUGUGUGUGUGCCCUCCUACUUGGAGCAAUGGGUUUUCUACACCGUGUGGAAGAAGUAAAGACCUGCAGUUUUCUCUGCUUAAAUCCCCAGCAGCUGGAAUGUGAAUGUUCCUCCCGUUUCUGCGGUGGCCUAAAAGGUGUGUUCAGACUGACUGUGACAUGAAAAUUAUAGGCAACUCAAAGUGUGGAAAAAGGAGUGAAUCUGGAGAAAUAUAACAUAACUGCAAUGUUCCUGCAAUGUAAGGGCAGUUUAUGCCUGUUAAUAGUGAGCUACAGCUAAAAUCUGUACUGUAAUUGGCUGUAUUUUUGUUUACAAGCAUGGACUUUAAAAUUCCCCCAUUGUCAAGUUAGUGUGAAUAAAUCCAGAUGAAAAUUGACUUUGCAUUCAGUCUGAACACAUCCGUAGUGGCACAAUGACCGUUUUAGCUCUCUAAUCUUCCUUCUCUUCCUCCUUUUAGUUGUUUUACCAUUAUUUGCUACAACUUAUUAGUUGUAUUUCACAUGUGUUACUUGAUUUGGAAUGUCCAUUUGCAUGUGCUCUGAAGGAACUGUUAGAUGUUUAAACAGUGAUUUCAUACACUGAUAACGUGGUGUAACUCCUCUUUCAACAGGCGUGUGUUCUCUUGUUUACUUUGGGUUUUUUUUCUUUAUGAGCUCAAAUCGCGUAAUAGGGCAAUCUAUAGGCUCAGCACAGCUGAAUUCAGUUUCUUUUUGGCUCUAUUUUUGUUACUGCCUCUUAAAUGUGAUUUGAUUCUUUCAGGCUGUAUCAUGACAAUUUGAGCAUGCCCAGUGAGACUGAAGUACUGAGUCCAAAUGUGUUUUAAAAGGGAAAUGAUUCCAACACUUUAAUGCCACCUCUGUACUUGUGCUGUUUAUGUCAUGUUUUAUUAGCACCUUUUGAUUUCUCCUGAAAUAUUUAAAGUUUUUUUAAGACUGUAUUAGGUGCAUGUAAAGGACGGUGAAUGUAGCUUGCAUACACAGUACACAGAACAUUUACGCGUGAUCAACCCUGUGGGACUGAGUUACAUUUAUUUAUUCAAUAUAAUUUCACCAAAUGCUGUUCUGUUCCACUUUAGAUCAUUUUUGUGACUAUCUACAAUUAAAUUGUUUUGGGGGAAAA